AUGACCAGCACUGAGGUGGUCAGUUAUGCAGAGGUACUAGAUAGAGCUCUUGCGGCGGAAUAUUUGGAGGAACGGAUAUGGAAGGAUAAUAUCGCUAGAAGAGAGAACCACCGUAAUAAGAGCUUCCAUGAGAGUAACAAGAGAAAGGAUAAUGAAGGGCAGAAUAGUGGGGUUGAUAAAAGACCUAGACCUCCAGUCACGAACAGCAACAACCACAACUCUCAGAACCAUAGCAACCGCAAUAACCGCUUAAAUGACCGGAACAGUGGGAACCAACAAGGCAACCGAGUCGAGUAUCCUACCUGCCCUAAAUGCACGAAGAAACACCUAGGAGAGUGCCAAGAAGAUUCCAAAAAAUGCUUCAAGUGCGGCCAAACAGGACACUUGCGGAAGAAUUGCCCACAAUGGAAGGCAGGACAGAAUAACAAUAGCAAUCAGAUGCUAGCAAGAGUCUUCGCCUUAACUCAGAAUGAAGCGGCCAAUAGCAACACCGUGGUUACAGGUCAACUCCCUAUAUCUGUAGAAGGCAGGGAGUUCCUAGCAGAUCUCAUAGAACUGAGUAUACGAGAUUAUGAUGUUAUACUCGGCAUGGAUUGGUUAUCUAAACAUGGGGCUACGAUAGACUGUCGAAAGAAGACCGUGGAGUUCAGGCCAAAGUAA